AUGGAGACGAUUGCCUUCCUGGCUCCAGUGUGGGGACCCAGUCCGGCAGCACCAUCGGUGGUGCCGGUACAGGGGGUGCGGCGACAGCCCCGGAGUAGCCAGCUUCCGGCAGCGCUGGCAGCGCCUUUGGUGGCUCUGGCAGUAAGGCAUCGAUCCUGCAAGUCGCUUGCGCGACGGGCCACAGUCUUCAUUGAUGGAGAAGCCGGAACAACAGGCCUGCAGGUUCGUGAGCGCCUGGAGAAGCAUCCCGAGAUUCAAAUCCUCAGCUUGGAUGCUGACAAGCGCAAGGACGCCCGUCAUUUGCUGGGCCCACUUGCCUUUUCCCGGUAUGCGGCGCCCCGAAGCCGCUAG